AUGGGAGCCACUCCCUUCAUUGAAAGAAUCCUGAAAGAAAAACUCCCUAAAGGCUUCGACAAACCUACGGAUAUGAAGUACGACGCUACCAAGGAACCCCAGGAGCACCUAACGGCCUUCAAGGCCAGGAUGAACCUGGAAGGGGCCGCUGACGCGGUCCGAGGUAGGGCCUUCCCGGUAACCCUAGCCGAGUCAGCGAUUAAAUGGUUCAACGCCCUCCCCAACGGAUCCAUAACUGGCUUCCACGAUAUCUCACGGAAGUUCAUGGCCCAAUUCACCACCAGAAUCACCAAAGCUAAACACCCCAUCAGCUUAUUGGGAGUCACCCAGAGACAAGAUGAGUCCACGAGAAAAUACCUCGAUCGCUUCAACGAUGAAUGUUUAACGGUCGACGGACUCACAGACUUAGUCGCAAGCCUUUGCCUAACUAACGAGCUCAUGAAUGAAGACUUCCGAAAACACCUCACUACCAGACCGAUGUGGACCAUGCACGAGAUCCAGAGCGUCGCAAAAGAAUACAUAAACGAUGAGGAAGUAAGCCAAGUCGUAGCCGCCAAUAAACGACAGCACGGCAGCACACGACACGGCAGCACGGCACCUCAACAUAACCCCCCACCAAGAGAAAACUAUAAAGAAUAUCCCAAACCAGCAAACGUAAACCAACCCCCCAGAAUCGAAAAAUUCUCUAACUACACACCUCUGACGGCCCCGAUCACCGAGAUAUACCACCAAAUAGCCGAUCGAGGUAUUCUCCUGAGGGCCCGAUAA